AUGACAGCAUGGACAGAAGAAGAAUGCCGAAGCUUUGAACAUGCACUUCUGCUUUAUGGAAAAGACUUUCAUCUCAUACAGAAAAACAAGGUAAGAACCAGAACAGUUGCUGAGUGUGUGGCUUUCUAUUACAUGUGGAAAAAGUCAGAACGCUAUGAUUACUUUGCUCAGCAAACAAGAUUUGGAAAGAAGAGAUACAACCAUCAUCCAGGAGUUACGGACUACAUGGAUCGUUUGGUAGAUGAAGCAGAAGCCCUUGGUGGAGCAGUGCAUUCUUCAGCCUUAACAUCUAAUAGUCGAACAGAAACUAUUCCCGAUCAGCAGCUAAGCAUUCUGAACUCCAUCACGGCCAAUGAGUUGACAGCAUUGACAAACAGUGUAGCUACAGUCUGCCACACUUCAGACGUGAACUGCCUGGAUGACACCUUUCCUCCUAUAGACAGCUUAUCCCGAGCACCAGUUAAUCAUGUGCCUGUUGGACCAGAAGAAUUGCUUAACUUGCCCAGCAAUGGUGAAAGUGAUUGUUUUAAUUUAUUUGAGACUGGCUUUUAUCAUUCAGAGCUAAACUCAAUGAACAUGUGCAGUGAGGAGGCAGAAAGACCUGCAAAGAGAUUGAAAAUGGGAAUUGCUGUCCCAGAGUCUUUCAUGAAUGAUGUCUCUGUAAAUAACCUUGGUGUGGACUUCGAGAACCACACACACCAUAUUACCAGUGCCAAAAUGGCUGUUUCAGUGGCUGACUUCAGCAGUCUGUCUGCAAAUGAGACAAAUGGUUUUAUCAGUACCCACGCUCUUCACCAACAUGCUGCCCUUCACUCAGAAUGACUGUGGAAAGCUAAACAAACAGUGGCUACUUUAUGCAGUAGUAGUAAACUUGAUGGGAGCUAUCAGGUUUGCUUAGUCUUUCACUGGGAGUUUGAACUUUAUGACAUCAGUGAUGUCUUUAUAUGUAUAGAACUAUAUCUUGGUUUAUCAAGAGUAAUUUCUUUUUUUCAGUCCAUAAACGUGGAAAUGUCAUAGGAUGUUUGGCAGAGUUUGGGACUAAAAGAACUCUGUGGUGCAGCUUUAAGCUCUGCUUCAGUU